UUUCCCGUGCGGUAUAUAAGGCAGCCCCAGCGGGCGUCCCUCUCUUUUUUUUCCUCAACCGCCGUUGUUGUAGCUGUUGGUGUGAGGGCCAGAGCCCACAGCCUCGGCCAGGAUGCCCGUUGCCAGGAGCUGGGUGUGCCGGAAGACCUAUGUCACCCCUCGGCGCCCCUUCGAGAAAUCCCGUCUUGACCAGGAGCUGAAGCUCAUUGGCGAGUACGGGCUGCGGAACAAGCGUGAGGUUUGGCGGGUGAAGUUCACCUUGGCCAAGAUCCGCAAGGCGGCCCGUGAGCUGCUCACGCUGGAUGAGAAGGACCCCAAACGCCUCUUUGAAGGCAAUGCCCUGCUGCGACGGCUGGUGCGCAUCGGGGUGCUGGACGAGGGCAAGAUGAAGCUGGAUUAUAUCCUGGGCCUCAAGAUUGAGGAUUUCCUGGAGCGGCGUCUCCAGACCCAGGUCUUCAAGCUGGGCCUGGCCAAGUCCAUCCACCAUGCCCGGGUGCUGAUCCGCCAGAGGCACAUCCGGGUGCGGAAGCAGGUCGUGAACAUCCCGUCCUUCAUCGUGCGCCUGGACUCGCAGAAGCACAUUGACUUCUCGCUGCGCUCACCCUAUGGGGGUGGCCGGCCUGGCCGUGUCAAGAGGAAGAACGCCAAGAAGGGGCAGGGCGGCGCCGGCGGGGCAGAUGAGGAAGAGGAGGAUUAAAGGCCUGGCAACUCCCCCUGCUGGGCAGCCUGCACUGCUGUGUCAAUAAAUCAGUUUGGAGUGGAGCUGAA